CUCAAUAGCAGAUGUCGGCAUCACUUCUUGGACGGACUAGCUUUAUGUAGCAGGAGUGCCAAAAUGCCACAGUAGCUUGGACCAGUUACAAUGUCACUUAGGGACUUCAAAGUUCCAAACCCUAUAAGUGCAGGCGCUAAAAGGACGGAUCGAAUUGCGAAGAGGAAAAACCCGAAUCAAGUUAGAGUGCGUGUGCGACCUCGCAUUGAACAAAGCAACACUCAACAGGAAGUAGGCCACCACCAGCUAGAAGAUGAUGAGGGAGAGCAACAUGCUAACGUGGAAAUGCAUAUGGGCGCUUCAGCAGCGGAUCCGCUGCCGCAUGUGCACAGCGAGUCCGAUGAUGAAGACACCGAGCAAGGCGACGACGCAUCAGUGGACGUUGCAGCUCAGGUUAGGGUCCGAAAGGCGUUCUUAAAGCACUACGCCUCGGGGGCAGACAGCCGCAGCCGCCUCCUCGACAGUGCCGCCGACACGCUGCGGGCGUUGGCCCAGGCCAUCCCACGCACAUGUCCUGGGUGCGGCGUGUCCGCGGUGUUCGGGGGAAAGCGAUGUUCCGUGACAAUUGUCACAUGGGAGCAGCCUGUGAUCGCGGAAAUACCUGUGGGCUGGUGCACAACGUGCAAGCAGGGCUGCAACUUGCUGCCGGUUCAGGCGGACUGCGUCUCCGACUCGAACAGCGGGUGGGACCUCGACCGCGCUCACUCUGGCAAGAACGUUCUCUGGUGGCACCAGUCCGUGCUGCAGAUGUAUGACAUCCUGUCAUUCAGGACCAGACAUCUCAGCGCAGACGCGUUUUGUGACGCUAUGAUGAACAGCUGGGAGCGCAAUGGGAUCUCCCGUCCAAGCUCUGUGUCGGCGACAACCCUGCGCCAGCGCAUGCGCGAGGCGCUGCUGCUGUAUAUGGACUGUCAGAACGUCAUCGAGGACUACCCGGAGGACACUAUAACCGACUGGCCUCGCGGCGCCCUGAACAGCUGCCCCUGCUGCGGUGACAGCGUCACAUGCAACGGGCUCCAUUGCGGGCUGCUGCAGGCGCUGUCGUACCUGCAUGACAAGUGGCGAAGGUGGAGGCUAUAAGUAACUUGUAACUAAAGGUUCAG